AGUGCCUGGAUGGCAGGAGAGAGUGACCAGGAGGAACCCCCGGCAGGUGACCAUCUCUGGGAGACCCUCAGGGCGCUCCUGCCCAACACUGAGGAUGGACUGAAGCUGGACCUGAGUGAGACCGUGGCGAGCAGUGUGAUGCAGCUGCUGCAGCAGGCGGCCCAGCUCUUCUGUGAGGGCCAUGGGAGUGCAUGUCUGCAGGCGGCUGAGGCUGUGCUCGACUAUUCCUGGGAGAAGCUCAACACGGGGCCAUGGCGGGACGUGCACAAGGACUGGCGCCGGGUGUAUGCCCUGAGCUGCCUCCUAAAAGCCGUGUGUCUCUGCCAGGCACCUGCCGAUGCUUCUGCUGUGGCCGAGGCUCUGCGGGUCUGCGACAUGGGUCUGCUGAUGGGGUCAGCCAUCCUGGGGGACAUCCUCCUCAAGGUCGCUGCCAUCCUCCAGGCGCAUCUCCUCUCGGGGAAACGGCCUCCCCCGGGCCCCGUUCCAGAGCAGCCUAGCACUAAGAAAGCGAGGAACUACCCUGUUUUGAUUCCAGAUGAGGAGUUGGGAAAAACCGUUCCCCGUCUUCACUGCCCAUCCCUGCAGUAUUUCAGGGAGCAUUUCCUUGCUCCUGGGAGGCCUGUGAUCCUGGAAAACGUGGCUGACCACUGGCCAUGCAUGAGGAAGUGGAGUGUGGAGUAUAUUCAGAAAAUUGCCGGCUGCCGAACGGUGCCCGUGGAAGUGGGUUCCAAGUACACAGAUGAGGAGUGGUCCCAAAAGCUCAUGACUGUCAAUGAGUUCAUCAGCACACAUCUCACCGGUGAGACCAAGGACAUAGGGUACCUGGCUCAGCACCAGCUCUUCGACCAGAUCCCGGAGCUGAAGCAGGACAUCAGCAUCCCCGACUACUGCUGCCUAGGCGAUGGAGAGGAAGAGGCGAUCACCAUCAAUGCCUGGUUUGGGCCCCCGGGCACUGUCUCCCCACUCCAUCAUGAUCCCCAGCAGAACUUCCUGGUCCAGGUGAUGGGACGAAAGUACAUCCGGCUGUAUGCCCCACAGGACUCAGAAGCUCUGUACCCGCAUGAAACGCACCUUCUUCACAACACAAGCCAGGUUGAUGUGGAGAAUCCUGACUUGGAGAAGUUCCCCAGGUUUGCUGAGGCCCCGUUCCUGUCCUGCAUCCUUUCCCCUGGAGAGAUCCUGUUCAUCCCUGUGAGAUACUGGCACUAUGUACGAGCUCUGGACCUCAGCUUCUCUGUCAGCUUCUGGUGGUCCUAGCAGGUGGGGUACGUAGAAGAUGGAGCUUCUAGAACAACCCAAAGCCAGCCAACUGGAUGCGACUGCACAUCUGGCUAACUUUUGUGGGGUCACUGUGCUGGCAGGUCAGGUGUUGAGGGGUGAAUGCCCUGCCGCCCGCAGCUUGCCACUGACAUGCUGUCACAGAGGACUUGUAGACUGCACCGGCCUGCAGAUUUGAGACUUCCAUGCCACUGCCCAAGCAGAACCUUAAGAAGUACUUGCUGACAUCCUAUGAUGUGCCUAUAACAAUAUGCCUAAUGACUCCACAUCAGGUCUGCAGAAGCCCCACUGGCCAACAAGGGGUGAUGCACAGGAUGCAUCAAUUGUCUUCUUGUUUGGGUCCUGAAACCUCCCAUCAUCUGGCAUGACCAGCAUUUGCACCCAUGAACCCUGGAAGCAUGGGCCCUUGUAGGGAGAAACGCUAGUAGAUAGGUGAGAUCCCAACAGUAUCUGAGUUUGGGCAACACUCAUCAUUCCAAUUAUAACCAGGUCCCACCCAGACUUCUCAAGAAAUAAAGUUAAUGGCAGAUGCCCUGUCUCAGCAGCAGAAG